AUGCCUUGUGAAGAGCGUUAUCGAUGUUUCUGGUGCGAGGGACAAAUCAAUCAUGGUGACCGCAAGUAUUGGGGAGGUGGGUCCCUGCUAUUGCGAGUCUACCUGGCUGCGAACUCUGGAAGACGAGUCAAUCCUGAUGACUCUAUUUGCGGAGCUUGUCGAAGACGGUAUGAUCGAUGGCGGAAAGCAGUGCAAGAUGAUUUCGAUCACCUUGAUGUACCAGUAAAUAAAACGGAUUCUCAAGAGAAUGAGGAGUCUAUGCUAAUGGAAGUCGAUACUGAUAUCGUGACGGAGAACGAGGACAUAGAAAGUGAGAAAGAAGAAAGCCAAGAGAAAGAAAUGAAAUCAGUGACCUUGUCAAUAUGGCGUACAUCGAAAUCACAUGGGUCUUGCAUAGUUUGUCCUGUAGCUGAUUCAACAUCUAUGCGGGUGCUAUCUGAUGAACAAAGGACAAUGAUUUUCCUUAAUAGGAGCAUUUGGGUACCAAAAGGUGCACGUUGUUGUUCCAACCAUUUCUACAAAGGAUAUCUGUCAUAUGAAGCCCGACAAUCAGUGAAACAAUCCAAAGUUGAUGAUAUUAUCCUGAAUAAACAUAAUGUAGAGAAACUGAUUGAUAAUUUUCGUUUGGCUCUCAAGCAUGCUGGUUCACUUGAUUUUGAUGACCCAGGAGCUCUUGAAAAUGAAACCUAUAAAACCAUUACUGGACUUGAUCGAGAUCACUUUAAUGAUUUGUUGGAUAAGUUAACUACUAUGCGCAAUUCUCGUCUUCGAUCUGUACGAGUGACAUUAGCAAUAUUUCUCGCAAAAAUACGUCUUGCCCUUAGCAACCGAGUUCUUGCUUGCGCAUUUCGGUUAGUAUCCAAACGAAGUGUCUCUCGCAUCUGUCAUCAAGUACGAGUAGCCCUUAUGCAGGAUUUCGUACUCUAUCACGUUGGCUUUCGACACGUAUUAAGAGAGACCAUUCUUGCUCAACAUCAAACGAGGGUGGCAACAGAACUUCUUACCAAUGGUCGAGACCAAGUUGUUCUUAUUGCAGAUGGAACUUACUUUUUCUGUCAAAAAUCAUCAAAUAAUGAGUUCCAACGGCGCACAUACAGUCAGCACAAACACCGGCAUCUUGUGAAGCCUAUGAUUAUAAUUGCUAGUGUAAGUAUCUGGGAAAGUUCAGAAUUUCAUCAGAAGAUUUUUACUGAUAAAUAA